UUGAGCUAGCGACUCUGUAAGCUCUCUGACUGCGCGCGUGUCUGUGGGCUGGUGUGGUGCAGACCGUAGCCUAGCCUCCCUCCCAACACUUUCCACAGCUCCGUCAGCUGGCGGCUCCGGCACAUUUCAGCUGCAGCUAGGCUCCGCAGUCUUUAAGCGUCUCUGUCUGCAGCUGAGGAUUUCCUGCUCCUGGAAGGAUUCUCUCUCUUUCUGACCAAAGCAGAAAGAGACAGAGAGGGACAGGUAGAGAGAGAGGAGAGGAACAGAAGACACGCAACAGUGGGCCGGGAGUGACCUUCGUGGUGUGGUGGCACAGCAGAGGAGGAGGACCCGGGACAAGCGUAGCGUCUGUCAGGUGUGUGUCGGCACUUAAAAGGACGACUGGAACAGGUGCUUUUUCCUUCUUUGAGGACCAGUGAUAUGGACACCAAGUGUGGUGACGUCCAGCUCUCUUUGGGUGUAUGUGGGAUGUUGUGUCAGGGCUAAAGCCCGUCCCUCUCCCAUGAGCCUGUGUGCCCACACACACACCUGGCGCCUCCACGCACACACCCGGCGCCCACACACGCACAGCCGGCACUGACGCUGUGAACUGGACCCUCGGAGCCCAGCGGAUCUCCCAGCUGAGCCAAGCGGAGCGGAGUCUAGCCCAGGAGGAGCCUGAGGAUGUCAACAGAGACAGAGCUACAGCCAGCGGUCAGGCCCAGCAGCAUCAGACGGGACUCCAAGAGGAAAGGGCAGGAUCGCAGCGAGGCGGCUCUCAUCAGGCGUUUUAAGGGCGAUGGCGUCCGCUACAAGGCCAAGCUCAUCGGCCUGGACGAGGUCACUGCCGCCCGUGGAGACAAACUCUGCCAGGACUCAAUGAUGAAGCUCAAGGGUAUCGCUGCAGCGGCGCGGUCUAAAGGAGAACACAAACAGAAGGUGUUUCUAACUGUUUCCUUCGGAGGGAUCAAGAUCUUUGAUGAGAAGUCGGGGAUCCUUCAACACCAACAUGCGGUCCACGAGAUCUCCUACAUCGCCAAGGACAUCACGGACCACCGAGCCUUUGGCUACGUCUGCGGGAAGGAAGGGAACCACCGCUUCGUGGCUAUCAAAACCGCCCAGUCGGCCGAGCCUGUGAUCCUGGACCUGCGGGACUUGUUCCAGCUCAUCUAUGACAUAAAGCAGAGAGAGGAGAUGGAGAAGAAGGCUCAGAAAGACAAGCAGUGUGAGCAGGCGGUCUACCAGACAAUACUGGAGGAGGACCUGGAGGACCCGGUCUACCAGUACAUUGUGUUUGAGGCGGGACACGAGCCGAUCCGUGACCAAUCAGAAGAGGGCAUUUAUCAGGUUCCCACCAGUCAGCAGAAGGAAGGGGUCUAUGACGUCCCAAAGCGACACCCAAAUGGACAACAAAAAACCCCCAAACAUCAUCAUCAACAUCACCAUUAUCAUGAGCAACCCCUCCAACAACAACAAACCCAGCAGCAGCAAGCAAUGGCAGAUCUGAUAGACUUAGACCUGGAAGUGUUGCCUCAGAAUAUUAACCAAUUAGAGAUUUUUGGAGACAUGUCUACGCCUCCUGACAUCACCUCUCCCUCGACCCCCGCCUCUCCAGCCAACACCCUCGACCCCUCGCAGGGCUUGCAGCCUCCCACGGAGCUGUUUGCUCCCUUCAAUCCUGCUUCUGUGCCCUCAGGUUAUGUGACGAUGGGAGCAGUACCUCCUGGCCACUGGUCCCAGCAGGCAUUCGCUGCCCAGACGCCGCUGGCCUUCGGGGUCCAGUCUCCCCUUGGCACGGUAACCCAGGUGCUGCCAGGUGGCCAACCUCUCAUCUGGGGCCAGGCCAACAUCUUCCCCGCCACCCAGCAGCAGUGGGCAGCCAUGGCAGCUGGAGCCUUCCCCCCUACAGCCUACCUCCCUGCCCAGCCUGUGGGCACUCUGCCUGCUGCCAUGUUCCAGACACUAACCCCCGUCACGACCGUGACUCCGGCCGGCGAGAGCCAUUCAGGUGCCGGAGCCGGCGCUUCGGCUCCCUCCCCUUCAGCGUCGUCAAGUCCACAGCACGGGGAGAGAGCAAAGAAGAUCGGCAAGGAGCUGUUCAAGGAUUUCCAGCUGGCAAAACCUCCGGCCAUGCCGUCAAAGAAGGCCGAUCAGCCCAGCUUAGCAGGGACUUCAGAGGCGUUCACCUCUUACUUCAGCCGCGUGGGCACCGCCCAGGACACGGACGACUGUGAUGACUUUGACAUUUCUCAAAUGAAUCUGACGCCGGUCACCUCCACCACACCAUCCACCAACUCUCCACCCACACCAGCUCCCAGGCAGAGCUCCCCCUCGAAGUCCUCGGCCUCUCAUGUCAGCGACCCCCCCACCGACGCCACAGACCCCCCCACGGACGACUCGUUUGGGGAAGCGGAGGGCAGCCCUAGUCGCAGCGGAGAGGAAGACGCUGCGUGUGGUUCUGGGUCGCCCUGCCCCAGUGAGACAGCAGAGCCCAGCCCAGACCAGGCCAGUCCAGAGGCUGGGAGCUAGAUAGCGGCAGGGCAGGAAGGGGAAGGACCCUCUCUACGCCCAGAUCAACAAAGGGAAGAAAUAAAGAGACACAGAAAGACGGACCUGACCAGCACUGAGAGAACAGGAGGAGAACCCCCAACCUCUGUGUGUGUGUGUGUGUGUGUGUGUGUGUGUAUGUGUGCGUGUGUGUGUGUGUGUGCGUAUAUGUGUGUGUGCGUGCCUGUGUGGCACACCCCUGCCUGGCCAAGCCCUUCUUCUUCUCCUCCUGCUAACAACCUCCCAGGAGGAGCAUCCACGCUCCCACUGUCCUCCUCCUCCUCCUCCACCUCCUCCUCCUCUCUGCAGUCUUUCCUCCUCCUGAGAGGAGAGAGCCCUCUCAGUCAUUCUCUCCAGGCAGGAGGGAUAUCAAUCACUGAGACGGAUCCAGUUCUCCCUCCACUGCGCUGUCUUCUCCUCUCCUCUCUCCUCCCUGUGGCGACUCACACCCAGCCUUACAGACAUAACCUGUUUCUCCCCUCUCUCUCUCUCUCCCUGCCUCCUCCUUUGCUCUCACACUUUCCUCUGCCUCCCGUGUCUGGCCAGAGACUGUGCUGCCAAGAAGGGACUGAGUCAAGCAGUGCCUCCCUGUGUCCUGACACACCUACACACACGCACGCUCAUCCGGAUAAGAAUGAUCACCUUUCGUUUUAAUGGACAGAAUCUGCAUCCCCAGCGAGGAGAUCCUACAGGAGGAGCCAGACUCUUAACGGGCCUAUCAGGGACGGACCGUUACCGGGAUCGCGGCUUGUGAUUGGUUGAUUUGUUUGGGCGUUUUCUCCCCAGUCUUGUGAGUGUCUGCUUGAUCACUAUGCAGAAAUAGACUCUCUGGGAGCUACUCACGUACCAACUACACAUACUUUGCACAUAACAAUCAGCCGACAUACACACACACAAACACAAACACACACACACACAGUUAUGUCCCAUCCUCUCUAACAUGCAUACACACAAUAAUUUGCGUCGCAGACAGAGGCCGGAGGACCGGACGCGCUGAGGAACGGACCCUGAGAGGGAAGUGUUGCAAGUUAAACAGAUUCUGUGAUCGAACUGUUCAUUCUCUAUAGCUUUUGUACAAUACUGAUUUGAAAAAAAGAAAAAAAAAAACAGAAGAAAUUGAAAAAUGGAAUUUUUAUUUUAUAAGUCAAUCAAGCCGCUGGGGUCAGCUCUAUACGAGUUAUAGGGUCAACAUGGCUUUAAGGCAUCUGAUCGUUGGUUUGCCAAACUCAUUUUGUAAAUAAUGAUAACAACAACCACCAUUUUGUCCACUGGACUUCUGCGCCAUAAAAUAGGAAGGCUUCAGUUAUGCAAACUCUUGACGUUAACCCAAGCAAUACCAACAUAUGUUUUCUUUUUCCUGUAUUUUUAUGGUUCGUUUGCCACUUCCUCCCUCUGAUAGUUUGUCGUUGUGCAUGGAUGUCGUGGGUCUUUGUCUUAGCCUCACUUACUAACCCUGUUUCCAGCUCUAAACGUUGCACCACGCCUCUCUUUGUCCUCUUGAGUCCCAUAACCACACAUUCGUUUUAUGUCCAAAAUAAAUCAGCUCCCACGAUUUACGUUGUCCAAACCCUAUUUCCCACACCUCCGUGUUUACCUAUUACAACGCUAUGUUUUUGCGUCGCGGGCAGCACGCUCCAUCACUGAAGCCCAAACUGCUGCUCUCCUCCAUCCCAUUCCAACAGACCAGUGUUUAAGAUAACGUUACGCUCCGCCCAUCCGUCCAUCUGUUGGUCCGUUGCCAAACUGCUGCCGUCCUGUGUGGGCCGCAGCCUCCUCUGCUACAACUACAUCAACUGUGAUGCCAAUGACUCCCUAUUUUAUGGCCAGAGUCCUCAUGUCACUCGAGAUCUCUUUUGGACUACGAUGUUGAUUAUAACUGAAAAACUUUGACACCUGGACGAUGAGCGAAGAAGCUGAAUAAAAAGGGAAACGUUGCUGUUUGAGUACAUAACAUUUCUAGACCUAUUUUAACUUUACCUCAGCUAACAGUUUCUUAAUGUAAAUUGACACAUUAUUUUUAUCUUUAUGAAUAUGACAUUCUACAGUGGGUUUUUAGAUGAUUUUUUGGUUCUCUCUUGAUUUACGUAUUCCACCAUGUAUUACUGUUACAAAUAAACACAUCCCAAAUGACUAAUA